UACUGUGUAACCACGGCAACUCCUCCCUCAAAAUGCAACAUCACCAAAGCCCCCUCUGCUUGAACCAAGCAGGAAAGGAUACGCUGUCCGCCGCUUACCUGGCUUUAUUAAUAAAUCAACCGGUUCACGUGAUUAGCCCAACCCAGCACAAUAUUCUGCUACAUUAACUGAGUAUUUUCGACCGGGUGAUUUUUUUUCUCCUCUCAUCCGAGACGGGAGGGAUGCUGCUGCUGCUGCUGCUGCUGCUGUGAGGGAGAGAGGUGAGCGCAGUUGGAAAAGCAUCCCCCCCCCGCCCCUUCAAAGCUCCUCCUCUGUCGUCGGAGAGCAGAGACCGGUCACAUUUUGCUCAAUGAGAGCAAGAGGGCACAGGAGAGGAUUUCCUAAUUUCACCCGUCUGCCGGGCCGUGCGGCUGUUUUCUCGCCUCUGUCAAAGCAGAGGCUAAUAUGAAGACACCAUUUGGCAAACCAGACCCUGGAAAGCACCUACAAUCUUUUCAACUAAUUUGAAACUGAAGACAACACUAUGCAUUGUCUCCGGUAAAAACCUACUCUCCACUCUCCCCUCUCCCUACCUAGCCUUUGCGAGCGAGGACACCACAAGUUGCACAGACAUGGGUUCAGAUCAGCCCUGCAUGGAUUCAAGAGAGCGAAGGCCUACAUUGGGUGCUGCCUGUAAGCGGCAGGGCCACCGGUGUAUACGGAAAAAGCUGAGGCCAGUGCGAAUCUUAGGGCUUGUCUUCAGCCUGGUGGCCUUAAGUGCCGUCUCCUUCAGUGCCUUGACCUGGAGCUCAGGGGGUCUCAGUGAGCCAGUGCUCCCCCAGGAGAGUCUCCACCAGUCGGCCCCACACAGGACUCUGCUUUUCACCCAACACCAGAGGGACCCUAAUGUGUCAGCCGACAUGCCAAUAGCCAUGAAAUCUUCAGCAGAUAGCAACGAGAGCCAGGGGGAGUACCCGCCAGACAUUUUCACCCUUGAGGAGAGGCGCCAAGGGGCAGUAGUCCUCCACAUGUUUGGCAUGAUCUACAUGUUCAUCGCCUUAGCCAUAGUGUGUGAUGAGUUCUUCGUCCCAGCACUGACAGUCAUCACGGAGAAGCUGACCAUUUCAGAUGACGUGGCAGGUGCCACCUUCAUGGCGGCAGGCGGCUCAGCACCGGAGCUUUUCACCUCCAUCAUCGGCGUCUUCAUCUCACACAGCAACGUGGGCAUCGGGACCAUCGUAGGCUCGGCCGUCUUCAACAUCCUCUUCGUUAUUGGGAUGUGCGCCAUCUUCUCCAAGGAGAUCCUCAACCUGACAUGGUGGCCACUCUUCCGUGACGUCUCCUUCUACAUCCUGGAUCUGAUCUUGCUCAUCAUCUUCUUCCUGGAUAACAUCAUCUCCAUGUGGGAAAGUGUCACACUGCUCUCAGGCUACGCCGCCUACGUGAUCUUCAUGAAGUUCAACAGCAAAGUUGAGGGCUUCGUCAAAGGUUGCUUGACCAAGAACCAAGUGGUAGAAGUGGAAGUACAGCCCAAGGAUGAGAAGGCAAGUCCUGUGGCGCCAGAGGAUGACGGCAAGUUGUCGGCCAGGCCUCGACUUCAGAGGGGGGGUAGUUCCGCCUCCCUGCACAACAGCUUGAUGAGGAACAGCAUUUUCCAGCUGAUGAUUCACACGUUGGACCCUUUAAGUGAAGAAUUUGCUGACUCUGAGCUUGGGACUUAUGGGAAACUAAAAUAUUAUCACUCAAUGACUGAGGAAGGUAAAUUUCGAGAAAAGGCAUCCAUCCUUCACAAGAUCGCUAAAAAGAAAUGCCAAGUGGAGGACAGUGAGAAGGCCAAUGGAGUAGCAAGCCGUUCAGAUAAGAACCUUCCAAACAGCUCCAGCGUGGAAGUGGAAGUGACGCCACCCAUGAAUGGAACGGCAGGGCAAGAGGGGGAAACGGCUGAGGAUGAGGAGGAGGAGGACCAGCCUCUGAGCCUUUCCUGGCCUGAGUCCAACCGCAAGCGCCUCACCUACCUCUUAAUCAUGCCUAUCGUCCUCCCCCUGUGGCUAACGCUGCCUGACGUCAGGAAACCGUCAUCACAGAAGUUCUUCCCCGUCACCUUCCUGGGUGCCAUCGGCUGGAUUGCAGCCUUCUCCUACCUAAUGGUGUGGUGGGCUCACCAGGUUGGAGAGACCAUUGGGAUUACAGAGGAGAUUAUGGGCCUGACUAUAUUAGCAGCUGGAACCUCCAUCCCUGACCUCAUCACCAGUGUUAUUGUGGCACGCAAGGGGCUGGGUGAUAUGGCUGUAUCCAGCUCCGUAGGCUCCAACAUCUUCGACAUUACUGUUGGGCUGCCGUUCCCCUGGCUCAUGUGGUCCUUUAUCAACGGCAUGAAACCGGUGCAAGUCAGCUCCAACGGCCUCUUCUGUGCCAUUGUGCUCCUCUUCCUCAUGCUCCUCUUCGUCAUCAUCUCCAUCGCCGCCUGCAAGUGGCGCAUGAGCAAGCUGCUCGGCUUCAUCAUGUUCCUGCUGUAUUUCGUCUUCCUGGUGGUCAGCGUCAUGCUGGAGGACAGGGUCAUUUCCUGUCCGGUGUCAGUCUGAGGACCUUCGAGGACCUACUUCCUCUCCCUCGUCACUACCACAACCACCACCAAACACAACCAUCUUUCUUGUCUGUCAUCGCUCUCACCUGACCCUCGUGAGCCUUUACCCCCAGGAAUAAAAGCAGAAAAAUAUGAAAAAAUAUGGAAUCUACCUUACCUUCAGUAAGCAGGUGGUGGCGUGGAGGGGUUAAAUCAACAACGGCACAAGACUUUGGCUUGGCUGGUUUAGCGUAGGCCUAACCUGAGUGGAUUUUUAUUUAUUAUUAUUAUUAUUAUUAUUAUUGUUAUUUAAUUGGCAGGUGGGGGGGGGAGUAAUGGGUGUAACAGGCAAAUAUAGAAGCAUUACACAUGCCAUUAGUGUCACUAGAUGAGCUGGAAUCAUAACUACUCCUGGCAGGUUGAGGAGAAUGACCUCCUGUGAACUUUGGGGGGGAAAGACAAGAGAUGCACUGUAUAAAACUAUCAAUAAUAAAUGCAGUGGCUGAGCUGAAAUUGUGAGCAUAUUUGAACACACACACUAGUUCAACACACUAAGGCGCUGUCACCAAGAGUGAAUAGGGAUUUGUGGACGAGGAUAUGGCAGACUGUGUGGAUGAAGAUCUUGCUCCAAACGUGUUUCCUGUCUGAUGGUAUUGAGUGAAAAGACUCUCUUGUGGGCUGCAAACUGAGUAACAAGGGAAGGAACACUCUUGCUGGGCAGACAAGCUCCUUUGUUAUUUCUUAUUUGCAAAUGCAUCAUGUGCUCAGUCUGGGUGACGAGUUUAAGCUUCUCCUCUUCCCUGCCGGAAGUCAUUUUUUACCACUGAAUGUCUCUUCAGAGGAAUCUUCUUUUUUUGGAUUCAUUUUCUUGAAAUAGCCUAUAUAGAAGUAGCAUUAGAUGUACUGUAGUAGCAUUAAGGUACAGGUUACUAUAGAGUCAACUUAACAAAUCUGCUCCUCUUUUUUUCUUUUGCCAAUGAACACACGUUCUGAUUGUACAGAACUUUUCAUGCUUCACACACACCGACUGACAAAAGCAAGAAAAAUGCCUAACUGAAGUUUAGCCUCUCAAAAUGUAUUCUAGCCUUCAAUAUAUUUCACUGGUUGGAAAAAAAAGGCAUGAGUAUUUUAGGUUCAUUAAAGUUCCAUAAUGAAGUCAAUGUCAAAAUAAUGCAUUUGAAAAGAACUUAACAGUGUUUAAGUGUCAUGGUUGAUUUAGAUUAGUCAAUGUGUAGUGCUUUGUUCACAGUAGAACUGGGCUCAACUCACCGGCUAGUCAAGCUCCUGGGGUAGUUUCAAGGAGUCAACUGCAUGUAAAAAUAGACACUUGGAGGUGAAUAAUACCAAUCAACAUUUAAGAAGUUGUAUACCAAAAUGAAUACUUUUUCAAACAUGUUUCAUAACUUCUUAAUGCAUACCACCGCUCAGUCUCUAUGUAGAAAAUGUCAACAUGUAUGGUCAAUGAUAUCUAUCAAACUUGUGCAAUUUCUUUUCUAAUCAAAGGUGCUUUUGUGUGCAUGUGUGCAAUCUGCAUUUGAAGUCAUCACACAAUGACCAUUCCUUAUAUUUAUCUAUGAAUAGAGGGUAUGCUACCAGUAUUUUGCAACUAACUGCAAAAAAAAUACACCAAUCUGUGUUUUAUACUGGAAAUAGAAAUCAUAAUCACAAUCUCUCUUUACGCUACAUAGAAUGUGGAAAUCACAGAUUUAACAGCAAUAUACCGUGUGUGUGUCGUCGUUGAGAAUCGCAUCCCCCAUGCGUCUGUCCCCCGCUGUCCUUCCUGUACGACGUGAUCCGAAACCCCACGAGAAAAAGUGAGCGACCAUUUCUCCGCAACCCCUUCCUGUUAGAGCUGGCCAGAAACUCCCGCUUUACCUCAACACAGCCUCUGUACAGCAGCUUAGUAGGAAUUAACUGUAAAAUAAUAGUAAAUAGAGUCUCUGAAUGUGUGAGGACAAAUGCAUGCGAGGAAUUUGGGCUGGUUACCCACUGACUGUACAGCUGAGCUUAGACCAACUAUAUAUGUUCACUUUUAUGCAUCCAUUCAGAAAGAAACACCAAGAACUCAUUGGUUUUACUUUGUAAAUACAGACACCUGUUUUUUGCAAGAAUCAAAUGGUUCACACAUGUAUUUUAUUCACUUUUAUUUAUUUAGUUUUUUGUAAUAGUGGAUGGACAAGGACAAUGAUGGUGGCCCUUUAGUAUCACAGUACAACACAAGAGAAUUUAUUUUUAGACUACUCUAAAAACAUCUCAUUAGCAUACAUUACACUGUAAACAUGCCUGUUCA